AUGACUCUAACCAUUCACCUAAAGACCACGUCGAUUACGCUCUCCCUAAAAUCGAAGAAUCUGAUGGCGAUUGCAAACAUCAAUAAAGUAUCCAAGCGCUUCUCAACUGAUUUAAAUUGCCUUUUCCCCUAA